AUCUCGCUGGUAAUCAAUAGUAAUGUGGCGGACCACGUACGGGCCACAUAAGACUCUGCGCACGGGCGCAGAGCGCUCUCUGGUUGUUCGUCUCAACGACAGCGGACUCGGGGAGACAACGACUAAACAGCGGGUCGUUGCGGCGAUUUUCUCCCCAGUCACGCCACAGGCGCUUCAAACUAUAUAAAAAGAGACACCGAACACCAGACCAACGUCCUCUCGGACGCCGGCCGGUCAAAAGCUUUUGUGCGCCCCCACCGUGCCGCCAAAGUAAUCAAUGACGACGAUAACUAGCAGUCCACCGAUGAAUCGGCACUGAUGACACCGAGAUUCUCGGAAUCCGAAUAUCAAUUACGGAACAAAGAAAUGAAAAAAUUUUACGAAUAAAUUACAAAAAAUGAGACUUAAAACUUACGCGUGGAAGAAUGAACAGUAUAUAAUAUAUAUUCUUGAGCUGGCUGACACAGCGAAGCACAAUAUUCGGUUUUUUAAAAAAAAAACUGUAAUAAAACAAAAAACUCUGAAGCAGUGAAACGGCGACGAGGGCUCGAAAAACGGCUGGAGAGAAAGUGACGUACGAACGGGAAAAGACAAUAUGGGGUCCGACGAAAUAUAUUGAAUCGAACACAGAUUUAUAUUUAUCUGUGGCACGCACUAAGAUUGUGAUAGUACUAUCUUUAAUUGUGCAGUCUACAUAUAGAUAAUAUUUUAUUUUAUUAUUUAUGUCUACGGAGUACUAACAAAAUAUCUUAUAUGUCAAUUGUCAAUAUUAAUUUUUUUAUUAAUUUUAAUUUCGUUACAAAGGCCUACCCGUUUGCUUGUACAAUUAAGCUACACAGCAAGAUCACCGGCUAUCACUAUAAUUUCAAAAUAUGGAAAUAAAUUGAACCAUUGUUUUAUGAUUGUGUGAAUGUAUUACAGCAGUCAUAAAUAAAUAUUCAAAAAAGAUAAUUUCAGAAAAAAAAGUAUGGCAAUGACAAAAUCAUUUAUUGAUACAACUGUUGCUGGUAAAGAAAAUUCAAAUGAACAGACCCUUUUAAAGAAAUUAUUCAAGAUGCUAUUUAAUGUACCACCAACCAAGGCAUCUACUGAGGCUGUGAUUGAUGUAAUUAAUACUACACAAGAACUAGUUAUUAAAAAAGGCAUGAUUGAUCCUGAAUCACAAAAAUCUUUAAUCAGCUUUUAUGAAUCAGCUGAUCUAGAAACGACUAAAGAAGAAGAAGUAAUUAGAAGUAUGUUAGAAAUAAUACAAGAAAUACGAAACAUACAACAUCAAAAUAUCAAAUCACUUCUGCAGUCUCAAAGAAGUUCAACAUUCCUUAAAUUAUUACAAGUAACAGCAUUGCGGAUACCAGUGUGGUUUCCAAGACAUGAUGAACAACCACCUCCAUUGUGUGGUGCUAUUGAGCCACUUCCUUCAUAUGUUGCAAAAAGUGGUGAUUUGGUGGCGGCUCUUGUUAAACAAUCUGGAGAAGAGCGAUGGAUUGUGGCAGAAGCAGUUGCAUAUAAAAAUGGAAGGUAUGAAGUGGAAGAUAUUGAUGUAAAAGAAACUAAUCGUAAUUUUACAUUAGAAAAAAUAUAUGUAAAGCCAUUACCACUAAUGAGAGCUGAUCCAGCCAUUUGUCCAGAUGCUUUUUUUCCCUGCAAUCAAUUUGUUUUAGCAAUGUAUCCGCAGACUACUUGUUUCUUCAAAGCUCUAGUGAAAGCAGUUCCUAAAACAAAUCAUGAUGGAUAUGAAGUUUUAUUUGAAGAUGAUUUUAAUCAAUAUACCAUAAUGAUGUAUGUAGCCCAAAGAUUUGUUGUUUCAUUUCCAUCAUUAGAAAUUAUUCAUAAAGACGACGAGAUGAUGGUAGAAUAAUAAUUUUAUAUAACAUUACUCAUAACUCAUAAACUUAUUAAUUUAACUAUUUUAAGAUCUAAUAAUGUUUUGUACAGAUUAAAAAUUAGUAUAAUUUUAUGUCAUCAAACGAUAUCUUGUAUUUUCUAAUAUGUUUGUUAAGUCUAAUGUAACAUGGACAUUAUACUGCGGCUUAGCCUCUGGCCAUAAGGGUUUAGAGGUUCAACCGCCUCUCCAUACCACACAACUUUUUGUAUGGAAGCCAGAACGUUUUAUAGUAUUUAAUUGUGUUACAUAAUAAUAUGAUGUUAAAAUAACAGAGGAUUAUUAUCCUUGUUUACAUAAGGUUUUUUGUUUGUAAGUAUUGUGAUAUUUACGAUAGCUUUCUGUCAUACAUCAAAACUAUUGAUAUUGAUUGUAAUGUAUGUAGUCCAAGUAUUGGAAAAUUACUGACAUGGACAAAAAGUUUGGUGGAGCUGAAGAACCAAAAACUGCAUUUUAAACUAUUAUUAAUAGUAUUAUGUAAUCCACUUAUAUGUAAUUAUGUUACAAAAAUACUAGCUUCUGUUCAUGACUAGGGUGACCAGUGAGAGAUCAUUUUAAACCUUAAAAAGGCUUAAUAUAUCAGAAAUAUAUAAAUUGAUAAUACCGAUUGAAUAGUCUAGCAUUGCUAAUUAUCCAUUGUGAUUUGUGAAAUGAUAUUAUUAACAGUUAAAGUCCUUAAUACAUUUGAUAGAGACUAGGAGAAUAAGAUUAAUAUAAUUUAGCCACAACAAUUCUAUAAAUACAUAAAUAAUUACUAUGGUACUGUUAUAGUACUAGUAUUUGUUAAUGAAAUAAUAUAUACAUUGUUUAUACUGUUUUUACCUUAACAGUUUAAAUUGGUAAAUAACAUCAUCUACACUUAAUUCAAACUAAGAACUAUAGUCUUUUAAAAACAUGUGUGCAGGGGGUAGAGCAGAGGUAUUCAAACUGUGCGUCGCGCCUCCCAGGGGUGUCGCGGGAGUUGUCGAAGGGAGCCGCUCAGUAUAAUUGAAAACCAAUAAAUACUUUUACAAAAAAACGUUUGCUAUUAUCAUUGAGGCACACUGGUUGGGAAAUGUUGAAUUGUCUACAACAAUCAUUCGCUAAAUAUAGCUUUAAUUUUUUUUAUAUAUGUAAUAUGGUAAAUAAAU